CAUGCAAUCACAUCGUUCUCUCCCGCAUCAAAGUAUGGAGAAACACCCGCAUGAUGCUGCACUACGAGUCCCGGCGUCAUCAUCUCAUCAUCGACGCCACCUUUUGAACUUAUAACACGCCGGGCCGUGCCCCAGUCGAAUCCUCUUGUCGAACUCAACCAACACAUCAAAUCCAUUCCAAGCAAUUGUACUACCAUUUGAAUCACCCAGCUCAUCAUGUCGUCAAGAACAAAUCCCGUCUCGCGCUUGGCGGAAACCGCCAAAGACAAGAUGGCACCCACUGGCUCCGGCUCUAAACCCAAGGAUCCCACCGAGAACUGGAGUCCUGAGGAGAUGUUCGAGACCACCGUUGACAAGGACGGUAACCCGAUUCCCGACUCCUACUCGUUUAUCGAUGGCGCCAGAAUGAGCCAAGGAUCGAAAGGCGGUCGGGACGAGGGAGAUAUGUAUGCUGCGGCGAAUGACGACUUUGAUUAAGGUGUCAGCUCCAGCAUGAGCCACGAUGCUUGAGGCAUCUUGAAAAAGAGGCUAUGAUAUGAGACCAUGUUGAAUGUCCAAUGCUGUCCGUCACUCUGCGGGACAAGAGCGGAAAGGAAUAUAUGUCAUGUCCGGAUCUGGAUGCGGCAAUCUGUGUUAGGUGUAAAUGGAUAUUAGUAAUUUCCCGGCGGCGCACUCAUUGACCACGGGACCAAUCGAAACAAUCAAAUUGUAUGCAAGCG